CUCUCUCUUUCUCGCAGAGGCACAGCGUCCCUCUCCCUCCUUCUCUCUCUUUCUGUACUUUCUCGUGUUCUCACAGACACACUUGCACACACUUCACAAGCUUCAUCACAAGCACACACACAGAUUCUCGCUCUAUUUCGUUCUAUCUCUUCCUCCUUCUCUCUCUGUACCUAUCUUUCUUGCUUUCUCUUUGGGGGCAUUUAUGCAGGAAGCAGUACUCUAUCUCGAUAUGUGAGUGGCCCACACUCGCUGGAGAGAUGAAAGUUUCAGGCAAGUCUCAACACCCACCAAAAUGUUCGGAGACUAUUAUUUCGAGGACCCGAAAUCCGUCACCGGACUCAGAUCUUCAGCCCAAGGCGUCUCACCGACGAAAACCCCGAACCCCAUUGGCCCGGUUCAGGAAAAAUGGUGCUCCUUCGGGUCGACGGAGCCGACCGGAAACCCCUUUACUGAAGUGGAAGACCGAUGAUAACGGAAAAAACAACGAUCCACUUGAAGAAGAUGAGAAGUCGGACGCUGGAUGCGGCCGGAGAGCAAAAGGGAAGAAACAGAAGGAAGCGAGCGUGUCAGUGAGGAAGCUCGCUGCUGGGCUGUGGCGGUUGCAGCAGCCGGAGAUGGCACUGGCUCGGUCGGGACUCCAGCAUGGAAUUGGCCAUGGAGGCCACCCGUUUCUCAACCAUCAAAAUGGUGUUACCAAUGGUUCUGAUCUGAACAAUGUAUCACAAAGCCCUCGUUCCAUUGUUGGUGCAAAAAGCGGACACUUCUGUGAGCUUGAGCCAUCUUUACAUCUUUCCAACUCUGCGAUGGAGGGGGCAACAAAGUGGGAUCCUGUCUGCUUGAAAACACCUGAUGAGGCGCAACAUAUCUACAACCAAAUGAAACUUUUUGAUCAAAAGAUGAGUGCUGUAUCUGUUGUUUCUGCUCUUGAAGCUGAACUUGAGCAGGCUCGAGCACGCAUUCAAGAGCUUGAGACUGAGCACCACACCUCAAAAAAGAAACUUGAGCAUUUCUUGAGGAAACUAAGUGAGGAAAAGGCAUCAUGGAGAUGCAGAGAGCAUGAGAAAAUUCGUGUAUACAUUGAUGACAUCAAAGCAGAAUUAACCCGAGAACGGAAAAGUCGCCAGAGGACUGAAAUUGUCAAUUCAAGGCUGGUGAAUGAAUUGGAAGGUGCCAAAUUAUCUGUUAAACGCUAUAUGCAGGAUUAUGAGAACGAAAGAAGGGACAGAAUAUUGAUUGAGAAAGUAUGUGGUGAGCUUGUUAACGAAAUCGGAGAAGACAAGACUGAAGUUGAGGCAUUGAAAAGGGAAUCUAUGAAACUUAGAGAAGAAGUGGAAGAGGAGAGGAAGAUGUUACAGAUGAAACUUAGAGAAGUGGAAGAGGAGAGGAAGAUGUUACAGAUGGCAGAAGUUUGGCGUGAAGAACGUGUUCAAAUGAAGUUAAAAGAUGCAAAAGUUGCUCUUGAAGAGAAAUACUCACACAUGAAUAGACUUGUAGCAGACUUGGAAAACUUUUUGAAGUCAAGAUGUGCAGACUUUGAUCCAAAGGAGAUGAGAGAGGCACAGUCUCUUCAACAGGCUGCAGCUGCAGUGAACAUACAAGAUAUCAAGGGAUUUUCAUAUGAGCCCCCUAAUCCAGAUGAUAUUUUUGCCAUUUUUGAAGAAGUAAAUGGUGGUGAAACCACUGAAAGGGAGAUUGAACCUUGUGUGGCUUAUUCUCCAGCUAGUCAUGACUCGAAGAUUCACACAGUGAGCCCUGAAGUCAAUGGGAUAGCUAAGGAUGCCAUUCAGAGACGUUCAGAUUUAUUUCUGGAUGAUAAUGGAGAGAUCGAGGAUGAAAGUGGAUGGGAAACUGUGAGCCAUGUUGACGAUCAGGGAUCAAGCUAUUCACCAGAAGGGAGUGUUUCACCUGUGAACAAGCAUUGCCGUGAGAGUGAUGUAUCAGGAAGUGUGCUGGAAUGGGGAGAAAACGGCGGCAAUGAGACACCAGUAACUGAAAUCAGUGAAGUCUGCUCGGUUCCACCAACCAAGCAAACAAAGAAGGUCUCAUCCAUAGCAAGAAUUUGGAAGUCAUGCCCAAACAAUGGGGAUUACAAGAUAGUCUCUGUGGACGGCGUGAAUGGCAGGCUUUCCAAUGGAAGGUUAUCUUGUGGAGGCCUCAUGUCUCCAGAUCAGGGAUCCGGUAAAGGCGGGAUGAGUCCCGGAGAUCUUUUAUGCCAAUUGAGUUCUCCUGAGUCAGGAAAUCCGCACGGACAUCGAGGUAUGAAGGGAUGCAUCCCUCGCAGUACGCAGAAGAAUAGUCUGAAAGCCAGGCUUUUGGAGGCACGGAUGGAAGGCCAGAAACUCCAAUUACGCCAUGUUCUCAAACAGAAGAUAUAGAUUUAAGGAGAGGCAGAUUAUUGUAACUGAAGAAUGGUUAACAGGAGGCAGGAAGCCAGUUCAUUUCAUUCAGCACUGUGGAAAGCACAAGCAUGUUCUGGAAGCUGCUACAAGCCAGGAAGGACCAUGAGUAAACUCAUUUUCCUCCUCAGACAGCGGUCAUCUUCUUGUCUUGGUUCUUCAAUAUAUCUCAUACUAGGCACUGAGCAGAUAUUGUUUCCCAUCUCAUUGUGCCUAAUUGCUUCAAUACAAUGGAAUAAUCUGUCUUGGGAAAUAGCCUGUUUUGUAAUCUGUCUUGAUUUUGUGCAGGAUCUUAGCAUAAUCUUUCAGGGAAGCAUGUUGCUUUUGGUGUAUAAUUUGUGUCUGAGGACAAAUAUAUCAAUGAGAAAUUAGAUUAUUAUGUAGCA